AGUCGGGUCAUGUGAGCGUCAUCAGCGGCUCUGGGGCCGGAGAGCAGUGGGGACUCCUCAGUGCCAUGUCACCGGCUGGCAGCAGCACCCUGUUGGGGUGGAUGAGGGGGUUUUAACCGCAGCAGCCGGGCAGUGACCGCAACACAGACAGAUUGUUGACAAAAUGCUGAUAUAACGGUGAAACUACUUUCUCUAUUGCUGGUGUCUCCAAACGUCCCGUGCUCCAAAGUUGGCCUGACCCGGCUCCCUGCAGCUAUGAUGUCCCAGUCAACUCUGCUGAAGGUGAUCCUUCUGGGUGACGGCGGCGUGGGUAAAUCAUCUCUCAUGAACCGCUACGUCACCAACAAGUUUGACUCGCACCUCUUCCACACCAUCGGCGUGGAGUUUCUCAACAAGGAGCUGGAGGUGGACGGCCACCACGUCACCCUGCAGAUCUGGGACACGGCGGGCCAGGAGCGCUUCCGCAGCCUCCGCACGCCUUUCUACCGCGGCUCUGACUGCUGCCUGCUCACUUUCAGCAUGGACGACGGACAGAGCUUCCACAAUCUGGCCAAUUGGAAGAAGGAGUUCACUUAUUACGCUGACGUGAAGGACCCUGACAACUUCCCCUUUGUGGUGCUGGGCAACAAACUGGAUGUGCCUGAGCGGCAAGUGUCAGGGGAGGAUGUACGGAAGUGGUGCCGCGAGAAUGGCGGCCACCCGUACUUUGAGACAAGCGCCAAGGAAGCUAUAAAUGUAGCGUCUGCCUUUGAGGAGGCGGUGCGUCGCAUCCUGGCGUUGGAUGACAAAGUUGAUCACCUCAUCCACACCAACACAGUGGACUUGCAGAGGAAGAGCCCCCCUGACCCCACCUGCUGCUGAGCUGAGUGCUCAGUGUGAACCUCCGCAUGUGAUGCUUCUGCAGUUGCCACAUACUGUAUGGGCUUGAGUGUGAUUUGUAACAGAGGAAAUGGUGUAAUGAUGCAUUCAGCUAAAGUUUGACAAGGAUCAGUAUUUGCCAUCAAAUGCUGAUACUUUUAAGACCAAAACUGACAAUAUAAACAAUAAGUUUUUUUUCAUCACACAAGGGACACAGAACUCUCCACCUGCCAUUUCCCAACCCUUAUCAUGAUUGCAGUUGGUCCUUUAGAGGGAUAUUAUUAUUAUUUUAUACAAAGCAUUGUAAAUUAAUAAAAUGACAUUUCUGAUACUGUAUAUCUUAUUAGCCUUAAUAGUUAUAGAUUUGUUUGAGGUCCAAUGCCUUUGGGGUUAUGUCAUCAAAUGGAUUUCUUUGAUAAAAGCUAAACUACGUCAGCUCUAAAGUAGUAACAUGUCUCUAAAGGUCAAAAAACUGUUUUCACAUUACUGACGCAGCUGUGGCUAGAAGUUGAAGCCCACAAAAAGAGAAGUCCUGAGAUUGUUUUAUGCCUCUAGAAGCAGAUGCAGCAGAAACUAUAUAACCACGGUUACAGCUAAAAUAUUGUGACUUAACAUGUGACUGUCCUUAAACACUCCAGUAACCCACAACUUCAACGUUAGAAAUACAGGAUUGGAAUGUGCUAACACUCCUAAUUUAUCUUCCUUUUUUAAUAAACAAACUAGCAUUUGGAAACAACUAAAUCUAAGUUAUAAGUGAUGUUAAAAGGUUUAUAUUUCACUAUAGAUUCAUAUUUGCAGUUAUUAUAGGUUUAAAAACACAAAAUUAAAUUUUCCAUCAAUAACUCAACCUCUUGACAUACAGCAUAAAUGAAGGUGCUUAAAAAUGUAUGUGGUUAAACUAAUUACAGGAACCUCUGUCUUUCUGUGGUGCAGAUUUUAUAGGGUUAAUCAUGUGAUCAACUAGAUUUAUUAGUUAAAAAUGUUGAUUUUAAAAUUGGUAAUACCGGUGAUGCCAUGAUGUAAUAUAGUGUUUCUCUAAGGAAGAAAAUGAGCAACUCAAAGUUGUUUUUAUGUAACUAGAUAGCUGUUGAACUUGCUGAAGUUGUUUAUUUUUGGCAUUUAAAUGAAAGUGGAGCACACUGCUGAACCUGAAAUUGAAGAUUUGAAUAACUAAUUACUCUGUGGCCUGUAUGAUCUUCAUUAGCACUGCCUUCCUAUAAGGCAAAUGACUUGCACCAUUUUUUACACUGGAAAUAAAACAACUGCCAACAAUGAAACUGGAUAAAAA